GCUCUGUCACCCUUCAUAAUGCCUGUGUCUUUUUCUUUCAUUGCAGAGCAAAGAGUGGAAGAUGUUCGGCUUAUCCGAGAGCAGCAUCCUACGAAAAUCCCAGUGAUAAUAGAACGGUACAAGGGUGAGAAGCAGCUUCCUGUACUGGAUAAAACCAAGUUUCUUGUACCAGAUCACGUCAACAUGAGUGAGCUCAUCAAGAUCAUCAGGAGGCGCUUACAGCUCAACGCUAAUCAGGCCUUCUUCCUGUUAGUGAACGGACACAGCAUGGUGAGUGUGUCCACGCCGAUUUCUGAAGUAUACGAAAGUGAGAAGGACGAAGAUGGAUUCCUGUAUAUGGUAUAUGCCUCUCAGGAGACAUUUGGAAUCAAAGUGUCUGUGUAAGACUAGAAAAAUGCAUCUGUUCUAGAAUUUUUUUAAGCCCUUACCAAGGAAAAAAAAAGGGAUAUUAUCAACUGAGACCGAUCCGUCCAUCCAAUCACAGGCCAUCAAAACAGUAGUGCUCCUGCCUAGGAGAUGUAGGAAGUUGUUCUGUGCUGCGAGCAGAAAGGCGGGGCUCCGAAUGCGCACGUUCAGCUUUGGGACAACUAUUAUUUAACGUAGGCUGUUUUGUUUUCAAGUUUGGAAGUUUAAAAAAAUAAAAUACUUUGCAUUCUAAGUUGCCAGUAAAAUAGAACUUCACGUUAUUUUAAUGCUCUUUCCCCAUGAGGAACUUGCAAUUUAAGCAUUCAGAGAGAAAUCUCUUCUAGGUUCACAGAACCGGCCAACCUUUUGUAGAAGGGUUUCUACUCGACUAGAGAACUUUCUUUAAGAGGAUCUUGGAAGCAGAAGUUGUCAAGCAUAACCCCAUUUGUGCCCACCCACGUUGGCCACAAUAGUGGGCAAAAAGCAGGAAAAAAUUGGGGUGUGUAAGAAAACUCUGAACUGCUGCUCGAGGUUCCUGACUCCUAGUGUUAAGUGUGCCCCGAGUCCACGGCCUUGCAGUGCCACGGGCGGUGGGGCGAGGGGUGGGGGGUUCAUUUGCUCCUCUAGACAGGAAAGCACCGCUGCUCAGCAAGAACCUUGAAUAACUUAAAAUUCUGGUCUAGUUUCUCAAAGGGCCCAGGGGAGAAAAGUGUGACCUUUUUUCUGGUUUGUGUAUUUUUUCUGGUUUGUGUAUUCUGAGAGGUCAGCCUGCUGUCUGCUUGGUAGAGAAACAAGCCGUUCAAGCAGUUCAUUCCUUAGGACAGUGGCAGAAACCACGGAGCACAAACGAAAACAUUAACAUUCAGAUGCACUCCCUCCACCUUUUGGCCUACAGCUGUAGAUGAUCCAUGUUUUAUGUUAGGUGUGUGGCUGUUAUUAGAAAGGUCCCAUGUUUUUAACAGUAUUUCAGUUGUCACCGCAGGUCAGACAGCCGUCCCGGUUCCCCCACCCUAAGCGCAUGUCCGUUGUGAAGAAAACAAAAGGAGACAUACACUCUUCAUGGACAUGCAUGUCAAACGUUAAACAUUUUCCGAGUUCAACCAGAAUAACCAGUGCUUCCUACUACCUGCAUGGGGCUAUUUACUGUUUCUGUAGGAGUGACACGGAUCACAGACCACGUUCGACUGUACAUGUAGCAAGGGGGUCACGCUUCACUUUUGUGUAUUUAGAAUCGUGUGGAAUACCUGUACCUGUUCGUGGAAGUUACUUAUUGGGGGGGAGAGGGAAGCAGUAUUAACUGCGUCCGGGCACUUGACUCCCCAGCCUUCCGACGAUUCCCACCGCAUGCCUCUGUCCACAUGGCUAACUUUUAAUGUGUAUUUUUACAUUAUGUAAAUUCUUAUCAGCCUGUCUUGUUUAGAUUGUGCACAUCAUUCUACCUGACAUUCUUGUAACUCUGUGAUCAGUAAGAUUCCUAAAAGAAAUUCAGCUUUCUAAAACAAUGCCACAUGGGAAGGGCAACUUCUGUCCCGCAUCAGUGGGUGGGCACUAUAGGAUCUCUAAACCAAGUACAUUUUGAUGAACUAAGGUGAAUAAAGGCACAACUAAAAACCGCC